GCCUUGACGCUGGAGCCGCGUGCCUCGGCGGUGGGAUGAGAGAGGGACAGCAACGGGGACUGAGUGGAGGAGGAGGUGGAGUCUGUCCCAGCCUGCAUCUGGCCCGCUCCCCUUUCUGUCACCCCGGGCCAAACCCGCCCAGUUCUUCUCACUCACUCUCCGCCUGUUCUCCCGCACGGCUCGGCUCGGCUCGGACACACGCAGCACUCACUCACGCACAACGAGGACACGGAAUGGAGACGGAAGGGAGCCAGAGCAGCCUGUCCACCACGGACUCCCCUCACGAUCCCUGCAAAAUGUUCAUAGGUGGACUCAGCUGGCAAACAACACAAGAGGGUUUGAAGGAGUACUUCUGCAAGUACGGCGAGGUGAAGGAGUGUAUGGUGAUGCGAGAUCCGGUUACUAAGCGCUCGAGAGGGUUUGGAUUCGUCACCUUUGUUGAUCAGGCCGGCGUGGAUAAAGUUUUGGCCCAAACCAGGCACGAGUUGGACUCAAAAACAAUCGAUCCAAAGGUUGCAUUCCCUCGCAGAGCUCAGCCCAAGUUAGUGACUCGAACCAAGAAGAUCUUUGUGGGAGGCCUGUCAGUGAACACAACCAUCGAGGAUGUGAAACAGUACUUUGACCAGUUUGGGAAGGUCGACGAUGCCAUGCUCAUGUUCGACAAGACCACCAACAGACACAGAGGGUUUGGAUUUGUGACAUUUGAGAACGAGGAUGUGGUGGAGAAAGUCUGCGAGAUCCACUUCCACGAGAUCAACAAUAAAAUGGUGGAGUGUAAGAAAGCUCAGCCCAAGGAGGUGAUGUCCCCCACGGGCUCAGCCAGGGGGCGCUCUCGUGUGAUGCCCUAUGGAAUGGACGCCUUCAUGCUGGGCAUUGGUAUGCUGGUUCUAAAUCCCUGUGUAAUGUGCACUGCUGAGAGUGAAACAGAAGACAAAGACAGUUAUCCAGGCUUCCAGACAGCCACUUACACCAGUCGGAGCUAUGCUGGCAUCACUCCUGGAUAUACCUACCAGUUCCCUGAGUUCCACUUAGAGAGGACUCCCCUUCUGACUUCACCCCACCCCCCUGAGCUCACAGCCAUUCCUCUCACAGCAUAUGGACCAAUGGCAGCAGCAGCGGCAGCAGCAGCAGUAGUUAGAGGCUCCAACCCGUCUCGCUCAGCUGGAUUUUUAGGUACAAGCAGCCCAGGACCGAUGGCAGACCUUUAUGGAACAGCCAGUCAGGAGUCGGCUGUCAGCAGUUACCUCAGCGCUGCAAGCCCUGCCCCAAGCACUGGAUUCAGCCAUAGUUUGGGGGGCCCUUUGAUCGCCACGGCCUUCACUAACGGCUACCACUGAGAGCUGCCGAGCUGUAGACUGAGAGCUGGAAGGAGUUGAAGCUGCUUUGGAGCUGAUCUGGCCUGUCUCGGUCCAGUCCACCUCUCUGGCUGGGGCAGCUGAACCUUCACCCCUCCACCCUGGUGUCAGCCUGAACCCAGCCAACCCUACUGACGCCUCACUAAACUCCACCUCCUGAGAAAAAAAAGAAGAAAAAGUUCAUAAAAGGAGUGAAAAGGUUUAUCACUACAUGUAAUAGCAACACAUACAGAUGCUGUAUUUUUAGUGUUUUUUUCUGUUGUUAUGUUUCACCUUGCUGUUUUUUGUGAAGGCUGUGUUGUUUCUUUAUCUGUUUUGGCUGUGUUUUAUUGGGUUAUUUGACCUCUGAAUCUGAUCUCUCUGAGAUAAGAGGAGAAAAAUGUCCAAGUGAAGCUUGUUUGAAGGUCAGGAGCUGUAAUUUGUACUGGAAAACUGUAUAUUUGUCACUAGUUCAUACUGAAUUUUAACAAAACAUUUGUGAUUAAUACUAUUUCUUGAAAAUGUGUCACAAAGUGUAUAUCUUGGUAGGUUUUUAACAAAGACUUGUUACACUAAUAAUGGUCAGACGACAAAGGUCAUUAGUCACAGUUACAUAAUAGGUCUACAUGAGCUGUACAAUUUUGUAAAAUAUUGUAAAUAUGACUCUGGUUUCUGCGGGGGCUCCGCUAAUUUUUGUGUCUGGGAGGUGGGAGGCUUUUGGAGAAAUGGUACUAUUGGUUCUUUCAUCAAUCCUUAUGUGUUGGAAAGCUUGACUGUUACAUUUCACAUGGAGGUCAAGAACAUUUCAGUAUGUUUCAGUCAGUCUGUCAAUGUUAGGCCAGCCAUAUACUGUAUUCCUCUCCAGGCAUUUAUAAAGGAUGUGUCAUUUGAUUCUGUUACUGCAUUUAAAGGCUGCCUCAGAGUUGAAACACUUUCAGCUUUGAGAUCGGCAGGAGAGAGGCUGAGUCUGGAACAACACUUUACUUGUGGGGAUGUAUGGGUGUGAAAAUGCUCCUCUAUCGGGAGAGGCAAAAAAACAAGCUGUUUUCUUACUUUGUCAUAUUGUUGUUUUAACUGUGAUUUUCAAUAUGUGAUGAUUGUUUGUGAAGGAAAAUGAAGGACUAGUAUGCAGGCGCAGUCAUGCACACUUAACACUGUUAUGACUGAAUCACUCUGCAAGUUGUGUUGAUGUUUGCGUGAGCGUGUCAUGGUUUUAUACACAUUGGUCUCCAAUGUGCCAUGUGCUGUUUUAUGGGGGGAUGGUACCUCAGUUGCAAAUGUGAAAUUUUAAUCUGACUUUUUUUGUUAUUACAUUAACAUCUAUGUCAAGGUGUGGAUGGUUGAACCUUUUAGAAAGGUGGCUUUUUCAACAGGAAGGGGGGGAUCUUAUUAACUCUUGUUUACCUGCCCCCCCCCCAUCACUGCAUACCCACUGGAGGUCACAGACUGUAGCAAUGUGACAGCUAUUUUUAGACCAAAACAAUUAUGUUCAGAGCUAUUAGGAUGUUGCACUGGCCGAUCACAUGUUUUCCUCUGAAUGUUAGCUUAAGAACAAAUCACUCUCAUCUACAGAGUACCAGGUUUUACAUUUUGAUACACUCGCUCACACUGCUGUGGGCUACCAUGGUAGUUCAUACUUUGAUGCUGUUUUCACUGAAAAAUAACAAUCUUGUCAACACUGUAACAUUUUCUGAUUUUCUUUUCCUGUCAUGUUUAUUCCUUUGAAAAAAAAAACUUUUUAAAAAUU